CCUCGCAGAGGCGGCGAGUAGCUCUAUCCGGGGCCUUGGCGCUUCUAUCGUCCUUUCGCGCCGCCGGCUGCCGCUGUAGAGCGGCGGGUCCAUGUGCGCAUCGAACGGCGCUGCCUCCCCAGAUCUCGUCCGCGUUGCCCGUCUCGGCCUCGACCGCCCGGCCAUGGACCCCAACACCAUUAUCGAGGCCCUGCGGGGCACCAUGGACUCCACGCUGCGGGAGGCAGCCGAGAGGCAGCUGAACGAGGCUCAUAAAUCAGUGAACUUCGUUUCAACUCUCCUUCAAAUCACUAUGUCAGAACAACUGGAUUUACCAGUGAGACAGGCAGGUGUUAUAUACUUGAAGAAUAUGAUAACCCAGUAUUGGCCUGACCGGGGAAUUACUCCAGGGGAUAACCCGCCUUACUCAAUACCAGAAGAAGAUAGACAUUGUAUUCGAGAGAAUAUUGUAGAAGCUAUUAUUCAUUCUCCUGAACUGAUCAGAGUACAGCUUACUACUUGCAUUCAUCAUAUUAUCAAGCAUGAUUAUCCCACUCGUUGGACUGCUGUUGUUGAGAAAAUUGGAUUUUAUCUCCAGUCUGAUAAUAGUGCCUGUUGGCUUGGAAUACUCCUUUGUCUUUAUCAACUUGUGAAGAACUAUGAAUACAAAAAACCAGAAGAGAGGACUCCAUUGAUAGCAGCAAUGCAACAUUUCUUGCCUGUUCUGAAAGAUCGUUUCAUCCAGCUCCUUUCUGAUCCGUCUGAUCAGUCUGUCCUUAUCCAAAAACAGAUCUUCAAAAUAUUUUAUGCCCUUGUUCAGUAUACAUUACCCCUGGAGUUGAUCAAUCAGCAAAACCUAGCAGAAUGGAUAGAAAUUUUGAAAACAGUUGUCGACCGAGAUGUACCAGCUGAAACUCUCCAGGUGGAUGAAGAUGAUAGGCCUGAAUUGCCAUGGUGGAAAUGUAAGAAGUGGGCACUCCACAUCUUAGCCAGACUUUUUGAAAGGUAUGGAAGCCCUGGUAAUGUUUCCAAAGAAUACAAUGAAUUUGCUGAAGUUUUUUUAAAGGCAUUCGCUGUUGGUAUACAACAGGUUUUGCUGAAAGUGUUAUAUCAAUAUAAAGAAAAGCAGUAUAUGGCUCCGAGAGUUCUACAGCAGACUUUGAACUAUAUCAAUCAAGGGGUAUCACAUGCAGUUACUUGGAAAAAUCUGAAACCUCAUAUUCAAGGAAUUAUCCAAGAUGUUAUCUUCCCAUUGAUGUGCUAUACAGAUGCGGAUGAAGAGCUGUGGCAGGAAGACCCUUACGAAUAUAUACGUAUGAAAUUUGAUGUGUUUGAAGACUUCAUUUCCCCCACAACUGCUGCACAAACGUUGUUGUUUACGGCAUGUGGUAAAAGGAAAGAGGUCCUGCAAAAAACAAUGGGCUUUUGUUACCAAAUCCUCACAGAGCCAAAUGCAGAUCCUCGUAAAAAAGAUGGAGCAUUGCAUAUGAUUGGUUCUUUGGCUGAAAUUCUUCUGAAAAAGAAGAUAUACAAAGAUCAGAUGGAGUACAUGUUGCAGAAUCAUGUGUUUCCUCUCUUCAGUAGUGAGCUGGGCUACAUGAGAGCAAGGGCUUGCUGGGUUCUCCAUUAUUUUUGUGAAGUUAAAUUUAAGAGUGACCAGAACCUUCAGACAGCACUGGAGUUAACAAGAAGAUGCCUGAUUGAUGAUAGAGAAAUGCCUGUUAAAGUGGAAGCUGCCAUUGCAUUGCAAGUUUUGAUUAGUAAUCAAGAGAGAGCUAAAGAAUAUAUAACACCAUUCAUUAGACCUGUAAUGCAGGCCCUUCUUCACAUAAUUAGAGAAACUGAGAAUGAUGAUCUUACCAAUGUAAUUCAAAAGAUGAUCUGUGAAUAUAGCGAAGAAGUUACUCCUAUAGCAGUUGAGAUGACGCAGCACUUGGCAAUGACUUUUAACCAGGUGAUUCAGACAGGACCAGAUGAAGAAGGCAGUGAUGAUAAAGCAGUAACAGCUAUGGGUAUCUUGAAUACUAUUGAUACACUUCUUAGUGUAGUUGAAGAUCACAAAGAGAUUACUCAGCAGUUAGAAGGUAUCUGUUUACAAGUAAUUGGAACAGUUCUACAACAGCAUGUUUUAGAAUUCUAUGAGGAAAUCUUCUCCUUGGCUCACAGUCUGACCUGUCAGCAGGUCUCUGCACAGAUGUGGCAGCUUCUGCCUCUGGUCUUUGAGGUAUUUCAGCAGGAUGGUUUUGAUUACUUUACAGAUAUGAUGCCACUGUUGCAUAAUUAUGUGACUGUUGAUACAGACACACUUCUGUCUGAUACAAAAUACCUAGAAAUGAUCUACAGUAUGUGUAAAAAGGUCCUUACAGGUGUAGCAGGAGAAGAUGCGGAAUGUCAUGCAGCAAAACUAUUAGAAGUUAUCAUUUUGCAAUGUAAAGGCCGUGGAAUUGAUCAGUGUAUACCCUUGUUUGUGGAAGCUGCUUUAGAACGAUUAACUAGAGAAGUUAAAACAAGUGAAUUACGGACAAUGUGCCUCCAGGUUGCCAUAGCUGCUCUCUAUUACAAUCCUCAUCUACUUCUGAAUACCUUGGAAAAUCUUCGCUUCCCCAAUAACGUGGAGCCUGUUACAAAUCACUUCAUUACACAGUGGCUUAAUGAUGUAGACUGUUUCUUGGGACUUCAUGACAGAAAAAUGUGUGUGCUAGGCCUGUGUGCAUUGAUUGAUUUGGAGCAUGUACCACAGGUUUUAAAUCAGGUUUCGGGUCAGAUCCUGCCAGCUUUCAUACUUUUAUUUAAUGGGUUAAAAAGAGCAUAUGCUUGCCAUGCUGAGCAUGAAAAUGACAGUGAUGAUGACGACGAUGAAGCGGAGGAAGAUGAAGAAGCAGAAGAACUUGGAAGUGAUGAAGAUGAUAUCGAUGAAGAUGGUCAAGAGUAUUUAGAGAUUUUGGCAAAACAGGUUGGAGAAGAUGGAGAUGAUGAGGAUUGGGAAGAUGAUGAUGCUGAAGAGACAGCACUGGAGGGAUAUUCAACUAUUAUUGAUGAUGAAGAUAACCCUGUUGAUGAAUAUCAAAUAUUUAAAGCAAUUUUUCAGACACUUCAGAAUCGUAACCCAGUAUGGUAUCAAGCAUUGACACGUGGUCUUAAUGAAGAUCAAAGAAAACAAUUACAGGACAUAGCAACUUUAGCCGAUCAGCGAAGAGCUGCUCAUGGGCACUUUUUUGAACCAGCCAGAUUCAAUACGAUGAAACACUUCUCUUUUUAAUAUGCAGUUAUAAAGAACUGAUUUUUGAGGAUCUCUUGAGAAUCCAAAAUGAUUGAAAAACAUGGUGGAUAUAAAUUCAGUGCUCCAGUUGUGCCAAGUUCAUUUAAUUUUGGUGGUCCAGCCCCAGGAAUGAAUUGAAUUAUCACUACUUUUCCUCCUACUGUGUGAUUGUAGUGAAGAGCUUGUGUUCCUCCCAAUAUAGUGGUUCCAGAACUGGUUCAUGUUAUCUACAGCUCACGCUAAAUGAAUUGGUAGAUUGAAUAUUUUAAAAAGAAAAAACAACCCAGAAGUGGGACUUGAUCAUGCAACCUAAUACUGGAAAGAAGGUUUUAUGAAGAUAGGAAGAACCUGAAACUUGAGCUUCAAAUGACACACUGUGGAUAUUGGAAAUCAAGAGGAGAUGUCUUGAAGGCAGCUUCCUUUCUAUGAAGAAAAUAGGCAUUGGCUGCAGGACUGUUGGAAAGGUCUCAUUUACAGUACACAAGCUUGAAGGCCAAUUUAAUUUUUACAACUGUGGGACUGAGUAUUUGCCCAAUUUUCUUUUUCCUCCCCCAAUGGGUAUCUAUUCUUUUAAUGUACAUAAAGGCAAUUGGAUGGCCUUACUUAACAUUUCAUUAUUUCCAUUUAUCAAGAUUGUUCAUAUGUAGAAUAUCGGACACUUAUUGUAGCACUACAUAACUGAUAAAAUCUGUAAAUGAUUUAGCACUUUCAUAUUGAAACAAGCCUGCUAGCCUAUGUACAAAAUUAGCAAAAUGUUUGUUUAUAAAAAAAAGGGAUGUUCUGGGGAAAAUUUCAGGUUAUUAAUUUAAAACUAGCAGUUUUGUACCUGGUGAACUGUGGUGCAGCUACCACUGGUUGUGACUUGAAUUUGAUAUGUAAAGAAGGGGCUAGUGGUAUUUCAUUGCUGCUAAAAAAGAAAAAAAUGGCAACACUCUGUGUCCUUUGUUUUUUUUCUUAAAGCUGUCAUUGUACAAAUGGAAAAUUGAAAAUAGAAAUCUUCAUGUUUAAAUGCUGAGUGGAAAUUCAUUUUCUCAGCAACGUGAAAACUGACAUGAAGUUCUGCUUUUCCAGGAGUGUAUUUUGAUGGGUGGUGAAACAUCUACAUAGGCAAUCUAUUAAAAUAUAAUUUGGCUAACUUGGGCUGGAGUUGAUUAAAAUUCUAUUCCCAUAUAUGGGAAUAUGAUCAGAAUUUAUUACAUUUCAAGAAUCUCCUCUCUUAUCUAUGUCCCUUACCACUUUAGGAUGCCUAAAAUCCAGGAUUUUUUAUCUGAUCCAUUUAGAACAGUGGUCCAGUUUAUGCAGCUGUCUAAUUAAGAAUUAAAUAAAUCUUGUCAAUAAUGCAGCCUCUUCAUGCAGCAUUUGAACUGUUUUUAACCAUAGAUUCCUAUUUGAAGAUAAGAUCCUUUGAUUAUCAGUUUGGGAAAAGUUAGAAUCCUAACUUAAUUUGAAAUUUAAGGUGUUGUCAUAAUACAACCCCUUGAUCUGAAAUAGGGAUUUGUGGUCAGAGACUUCUAGCCAUGAAAGGGCUGCACCUCAGAAAAAGUCUCGUUAAUAUUUGAGUUAAACUUAGAUAUAUGGUCAUCUAGACAUGGUCUCAGGGUUACCAAGUCCCAUCUUUGAAGCAACAGUUUUAUCAAUGUCAGGUGAUAUAAUAGCAUUUUAGCUAUACUCUAGAAGACUUCUUCCUGCUGGGACCACUAUUGAAGAGUUACUUGGUGAAGAAGGGAACAUCAAAUAAUGUGACUGGGCUGGCUUAAUGCCCCAUCUACAAAAUAAAUACAUAAGAUAAAAUCAUAGAUGCUGAGUUUCUGAUCUUGCAAUAAGAUCAUUGGUGUCAAAUCUUUUAAGCAAAAUGUUUUAUUUCUCCUGGCUGUUUUUAUAUUAAUGGUCAUCUGCUGUUAUAACUGGUAUUGAACAAGCUACCUUAAUUUAAAUGUAAGCCUCCAAAACUUUAAAGACAGGUUAAAUGAACUGAAUUUAUAUAUAUAAAAAUAAAACUGAAAUGAAACUUAUAUAUUAUGAUAUUCAAAAAUGCAAUCUUCAGAAAACCAAUUUGUGUGAUGAGUAUUUGUUUUCUAUGUAUUAGUGGGGGCAGACUGCUUGGAGUAUUGACUUCCUAGUGGACUAUCUACCUCUCAAUUGUCUCAAACUUGAUACAAGAGCCCUUGAACUGUUUUUGAUUGAAUACAGAUUCAAUUAAAGACUUCUCUAAUUCUAUAGCUAGUGGCUAGAGAAGCGUUUCCCAUUCAGUUUUGUGUAGAUUUAAAUUAAGUUCUUGUAUCUGUGUGUAAAUACUUUUAUGCUGUUCUGUUUUCUGAGUUUAUGUCAUUGGACAUUUCCUUCUUUUUUCCCCAGGUAUUAAACAUGUCUUACUACAGUUGUAGAUUUUUCUUAGUUCAGGCAAGAUUAAAAUACACAUCUCAGAAUAGGACAACGUGGGUUUCCAGAAAAAAGAUUGAGCCUAAUCUUAAGAAUGAACACUAGAAACAUUAAUUUAUGAAUAAUUUAAAUAAUAGAUUGAAUUUUUAGUAUAAAUUUUAUAUUAAAAGUGAACAUUUGUUCAAUACUAGUUGCACCAGAACUCUUUUAAGUAAAACUUAUAAAUCACCAUGUCUAAAUCAUUGUAAUGGGGACACAGUGGCUCAGGGGCUAGGACAUUGAGAUUGUUGAUCGAAAGGUUGGCAGCUCAGCGGUUCGAAUCCCUAGUGCUGCUGUGUAAUGGGGUGAGCUCCUGUUACUUGUCCCAGCUUCUGCCAACCUAGCACUUUCGAAAGCACGUAAAAAUGCAAGUAGAAAAAAUAGGGACCACCUUUGGUGGGAAGGUAACAGUAUUCCGUGCGCCUUUGGCGUUGAGUCAUGCUGGCCGCAUGACCACGGAGACAUCUUCGGACAGCGCUGGUUCUUCGGCUUUGAAACGGAGAUGACCACCACCCCCUAGAGUCGGGAACGACUAGCACGUAUGUGCGAGGGGAACCUUUACCUUUAAAUCAUUGUAAAUCAGGAAGUUUUACUUCAAGAAAAGUAAAUCCCUAUUUUUUGCUGGCCUAUCUGUAUGAUUAUCACAUUAGCAUUACAUUACAUACCUAAUGAUUUUGCAAUGGUUAAACCCCUUUGAAGCACUCAUUGGGUAAGCAGUAAACUUUCUGAUCUCUCCUAAAAUGCUGUGCCAUUUCAGUAACUAUUAUAUAAACUGAAUUUUACAAAUGGUUAUAUACUCUGAUAAAUCAUAAUUGAAUUUCCUUUCUAGAUGUUCUUUAAUAAAGGUUAAAAUGAAUGAAGUUUAUUCCUCACAGACAACAUGUACUUAUGUUAGGGUACAUAAAUGCUAUCUGAAAGGAUACAAUCCAGAAAGAAGCUUCCAGGUUUUAUUCUGAUACUUAAACUUGGAUAGUCUAAAAGUGCUACAUGCAGAUUUUACAAAACUUGGCAAUUCAUAUAACUAAUUUAGAAUGUCAUAAUUUAUGAACACUUUCCCCAAGUGAUAUUUUUACUAUACCUACAUUAAAAAAUACUCUAUACUAAGUAGUACAAUGAGGACUAUACUAAUUUGACCAUAUUACGCUUAUAAAAAUUGCAUGAAAUGCAGUGGUAGUAUUGUUACUGUACUGCUUUCCUUGCAGGAAUUUGCAUAGAAAAAAUUUCCAGUACAGGAAAAUUUUGGUUUAAUAUUCCUACCAUGUGGAGAAGAUGGCCUGAGCAGAAAAUAAGUGAUAUUGGUCAUUAAAAACCUGUAUUCUUGUAGAUUUGGAAGUAAAAUCUUGUGUGUGGUAAAAUAACAACUGAGUCAUUACUGAUAAUUCGUUAAAUAUGCAGAAGGUGCAAAUGACUGCAGAUAGAAAAGGAGGAUUUCUGAAAGUCAGCCUUUGUAUGAGAUUAGCUAUAUGCUAAUAAAUAUUUUUGUUAUACCUUU